GGUCAGUAAAGGUGAAUCACACGUUGCCUUUAUUCACAAUGGCAACGUCGUCGUUCGUGGCGUCAUACGAAUUUUAAACCGGGAGGGGAGACAGAACAGUCCCUUCCCACUAAGUUACAUCUUGCAGAUCGCCAUCGACGUUUCUGAGCACCCGAAGUCGGAGUCUUUGCCUACAAACGAAGCCAGAAAAGCAGAACUGAAGGAACGUGACCGCCAGCACAGUGUGUCAGAAAGGGUGACUAAUCCGUACCUUGUUUCAUCAGACGGAUGCAAUACGAAGUAAAAGGGUGACUCUAUUUCAGUAUAGUCAGCAAUAUUCCAUUUUACCACCACAUGUGUAACGCUGACCUUCUUACGGAUCAAGACCGGACCGGAUCAUAGGACUACGUUUAUACCGAACGCCGAUCACUAUCUCACGUACUGUUGCUUUCCAACUCUUAUUCGGAAACGCAGUUUUUAUUACCAUCAAAGUAUUCGCGAAAGUUCCAGCUUAGAAUGCUGGAUUAAUAAGUCAUUUAAGUUCAUGAUCAGGGAGCUCUGUUAUUUAUUCCACUUUAUGAACAGCGACUGAGCAGUUGUUUAGGUUCGCACGUGGUGGACACAAAGAACGCAAGAGACAAUAGUCAUUGUGUUAAUAGGAGUGUCUCAUCGUCUAUCUUUACUUCAACUCAUCACAUCGGACUUUAAGGGAUCGCGGUGAAAAAGAGAGACAACCAGCUUGCUCAGUUUUUAAACAUAAUCCUCUGGAGUAAGCGAAGAAAUUUGGGGAGAUAAACCAAAUAAAUAUCCACAUGAGCGUGCGACGCACAAGGCCAAGGCCGAUCAUAAUUCCAAAUGCUCGAAAGAAUGUGGACUUGCAAACUCCACCCCACUUGGGGAAUCUUACCCCAGAUCUUCAGCCGAACAGCCCGCCUGUGUUCCCCUGUGCGACCCAGCACGAGGUGGCCAGGCUGGGCCAGUAUAUCCUCACCGAGCCUCUAGACGGAGAAGACGUAUACCAGGCCGUCAAUAUCCACACACACGAGAAAUUUAUUUGUAAAGUAUAUGAUAUCCAUGCGUAUCGCCAGCAGCUGCGAGCCUACUGGAGCGUGGACUACGAUGCAGACUGCAUCAACCACAUCACGGAGAUCAUCCUGGGCGAGACCAAAGCCUACGCAUUCUUUGAGAAAAACUUUGGUGACCUGCACACGCACGUGCGUAAUGAACGUAAACUCAAAGAACGAGAGGCCAAGAAGCUAUUUGCUCAAAUCGUGCGUGCGGUGCAGAGGUGCCACGAAAACGGGAUCGUCCUGCGCGACCUGAAGCUGAGGAAGUUUGUGUUUCAAGAUGAAUUGAGGAAAAAAUUGAAGCUGGAGGGCCUGGAAGACUCUUUUGUCCUGGAGGAUGAACAUGAUGACUCCAUGCGAGAUAAACAUGGUUGCCCGGCCUACGUCAGCCCAGAAAUACUGUGUGCCAACACGCCAUACUCAGGGAAAGCCGCCGAUAUGUGGUCGCUAGGCGUUAUCUUGUAUACCAUGCUGUUUGGACGCUACCCAUUCCACGACACGGAGCCCAGCGCUCUGUUUCGCAAAAUUUUACGAGGACAGUAUAACGUACCUGAAACAGUAUCCUCCAAGGCACGCUGCCUGAUAAGGUCGCUGCUGAGACAGGACCCCUCGGAGCGACUGACAGCCGACGAGGUGCUAAGACACCCAUGGUUCAGAACGGGAAGCACGUUUACAGUUUUGCAGAGGUCGGAACGUAAAAACUUGGACCAGGAGGUUCCUGAUGUUUAUGUCGAAAGCGAUGAGGAUGAUGUGGACGAUGACUUUGCACCAGGCUUGUAGGCACAAAAAAAAUUUUAAAAAAAAUAAAAGGAAAAAUAAUUUUAAAAAGAGAAGGGGGAGGAGACAGUAGAUAAAAUGUCUGAGGUGCGAGGCAGGGGACUCAUAUUGCCAGGUGCUCAUAGAAAAGAACAACUGAUUUCUGUUGCAGGAUAAGUUUGCUUUAAGGGCGGGCCCCAGUUAUGGACCAGAGCCUCUUGAUGAAUAAUGCCAUCUAGUGUUGAGAAGAUGGCUAGCGCCACCUACAGUCAAGGAUGGCCAAACUGUCACUCUUCCACCUUUGAAGUGGCACAGGCAGCAAGUGGAGACAUAGACUCCUUUAUUUGACUGACUAACAUUCUUUUAAAUUACGAAAAAAAAUGACCACAUGGUCUAAGAAAAACUCAGAAAAAGAUCUCUAUAGCUUUGUCUGUCCUGGUUGUUUCUCCAACUAACGAACUCCUUACAGGUGUACUUCCUGGUUACUGGUGUUCAGCCAGAAUAGAUAAGACAUUAUUUACGUGUUAUAAAGCAGUGGAACAAAGUAGCAAUGUCUGGUUUAUUUGACCUUCACGACAUCUUACUGUCAAUUACUUGAUGAAGCAGUAUAUGAGACUGAUUUAUUAGUUUACCAAUGUAAGGUGUUUAAAACAAUAAGAGGGAAGGUGGGAUAUAUAUUUUACUGGUAAGAUAUUCCAACAAAUUUUCUAUGUAGCAUGGAAGGUUAUUGUCAAUUCAGUGGCAGAAAAUUGCCUAAAUUUAUUAUGGUCUUAAAGUGGUGGUCUAUAUAUUACCAAAGGGAGAGCAGUUCGCAGUAUGCCUGCAUCCCUUAGAAGAACUGUUAAAGACAUUACUAUGUUGAUUGUUAGUUGUUUAAGUUAUUUUUGUGUAUCUAAUAUUAAUUAUGAGGGUACCCCAAGGUGAAUUUUAACUAGAUAUCAAUAGAUACACACGGUUUUACAAUCAGACAUUUGUUUCUUUUUACAAUUGGAGGGAUUUCAGGCAUCUGCAUAUUUCUUGUUGUUUUGUUUCCAUGACCAGAACUUAAACCAUUUACCUUACUGUUACUAUUGCUUUAAAUUAUUAUUAUUAUAUUUAUUAUUAUUUAUUUGUUUGUUUAUUUAUUUUUUUUUUUUCAAAGUUGGAAAGUUUUAAUUAUUAGCGAUGAAAUUUUGUUACCUGUUUUCAUGAUUUAAAAUGUUUGACAAGUUGACUAAAUCUUGGACAGAGAACCAAAAUUUGUUUUUCGUUGCACACAGCAGUGCAGGACACACCCACACAGGGGCAUCUAGUAGACAAAUUUAGGCCAACAAACCAGACAGAUUUAUAACGGUUUUAAUAGAAGUAAGAAGUCUGUUUCUUUAUUGUCUGAUAGAUAUUUUUUUACAGUCAGUAUUUCUGUAGAAUGUUGAAUUGAGCAAGUUGUUAUAGUGGUGAGAGUGUGAACUUAGAUGUGAUGAAAGUCAACCCGGGAACCUUCUGCUGUCUUAUCAGUUUGCUCUUUAAUUUGAGAAUGAAAAAUAUUGUUACAUCUGACAGGAGAUGGUGACAUUUGUUCCACAUAUCUGAUAUUUUCAUUAUCUAAAACACCUCGUAAACGUGUACAAUUCCAUGGACUUCUUUUGGCCAAUGGCAUCGCCCGUUAUAUCGUUCAAGUCAUUUGGGCCAAUAGGGUUGUCUGAAACAUCUGUCAAGUACAUUGUUCAUGAAUGCUGGAAUAGAGCUAUAAAUAAAUUAUUUAUAAAAUGAA